UCAGUAGAGAUUUUCUUAUCUGAUGGGAUAAUUGAGGCAGAUUUAUCUACGCACAUGUUCAAGCACGAUGGAGGGAGUUUGCUGGCACAUGGUGCACACAGUCUAAUUUAGGGAACUAAUCGUAUAACAUACAUCAUACACAACCUAUAUCACGUAUGAAACGUUAAAAACUGUACAAAUUAUUAUGAUUACACUUCCCUUCAUAUUUAGUGAUAUUAACCUUCAUACAAACAACCUCUUCAAGGAAAAACAAAAUUCUUUUUCGAAAAUGGCACUUCCAAUUCUUCUUAUUCUCACUAUUUAAUUGCUAGCCGUAUCAAGUAACAACGAAAAAAAUAAUAAUAUCUAAUCGUUAAGCAGGGCCAUAUUUUUGGGGAUACAAUUAAAAAAGUAAAUCGUCGGUGGAAUAUUGUUUCACCUAUCAAGAAUUUUGGAAGAUAUAAUUAGAAAGGUACAACCUGGGUAGAAAAUUGUACUCCUUAUCGAGCAUUUUUGAAAAUAUAAUUGAGAAAGUGGAAUCUGGAUAGAAAAUUGUUUUACCUACGAAGCAUUAUAAAAAUUGACAGAGCAAGGAAAAUGAGCGACAAACAUACCUACAAACUAAUCUACUUCAAUGCCCGUGGUCGUGCCGAACAUAUACGGUACAUAUUUGCAUAUACUGGCAUCGAGUAUACCGACGAGAGGAUCCCCGAAGAACUCUGGCCUGAAUACAAGGAUUGUAAGCGUGAAGAAUCGAUUUUUACUUUCAUCGUUCAACUCUCAGAUAUCUGCCAUUUACUCAAACUUUUCUGUAUAUAAAACUUUCGUUUCACGUGCAGGCUAAACUUACUUAAAGUAAAAUUUCAUACGGAAUAAAGUCGAACUUUUCAUUAAGUUUUGCUUCCGUAAUAUCGUGUUUAUCGAAAGUGUCAUAUUUCUCAGCAUGAACCCAACUGACAAGAGUACCGCUAAACAAAACGAACUAAUCGCUACCCUGAUUGAACAAUUUGAAAGCCUAACUCACGAGUUUAGAAGCUUUAGAAACAGCACCGAUCAAAACAUUAAAAACAUAAAGGAAUUUGCGGAAACUAGCGAUAGAAAUCGCUCUAAAGAAAUACGCGAUCUUGCAAAAACCAUGGAAAUAAAAUACGACACCGAGACUGACCAGUCGCAAAUAAACACCCAUUUAGAAACCGCUGCUGAUAACGUAACGGAUGACGAAACUGACGGACCGAACACGUCACAAAGACCACGAGCCGCAUCUAGCCGCGCCGCGAUUAAACCAAUAAACAACUACAACGAAUAUCGAGGGCUCGAGGCAGAUAAGGCCAUACGAACUGUCGAGACACUACGAGGUCGAGAUGACGUAGGCGUUGAAGAUUUCAUCUUAUCGAUCCGCAAAGCAAGAGCUAGGUGCAAGGCAAGUGACAGAGAGCUAUUAUUAGAUCUCAUACUGAUCGAAAAGAUUACCGACAACGCGAAACGAAACAUACGAUAUCUAAAAAUCAACUCGUUCGAAGACUUAUAUUCAUGCUUAAGACAACACGUAUUAACACCAACAACUAUUAGCAACUGUAGGGACAAAUUAAAGAAUUUAAAACAAGGGGCAACAGAAAGUGUACAAUCUUUUAACUCCAGAUUCCAACAACAGCUAAACGAAUUAAAUUAUGCAGUCCAAAACGAAAACCGCACACCAACAGAAUGACGCGUAGCUAUAGAUAUUGAAGAACGCGAAGCAUUUAAAACAUAUUUGCUCAACUUACGAUACGAGAUAGGACAGAUGGUGGUAUCUAGCGAUCCAAAGAACCUGAACCUUGCCCAACAACUAGCAGCUGAUAGAGAACAAUGGUUACGAGAAGCAAAUCGUGUCGCCAACCGCCCAAGGAAUCAAUCUCACAACACUACAUUAGUAUCCAAGCGAACUACUACCGAUUCACAGCCACAAACUUCUGCUCAGCUACCUAGCCGACCAUUAGACGACCGCAUGAAACCGAAGUGUCCAAAGUGUUUACGAAUUGGACACACAGCCGAAAAAUGCUACUCUCGAAAUUUUCCAUUCGCCAGCCAAGGAAAGAUUCCACCUCGAGUAAAUCAAACAACGGAGAACCCAGAGGAAGCUUACAUCGAGUUAACUGCACCACCACCGGAAGAUUACUAUCAAUCGUACUGCAACGAAGAGACGGAGGAAGAGCCAGAUUCCUCAUCGAUACCGGAGCAGGAAUCAACCUUAUAAAAGAAAAAGCCUCACUAAACGUCCAAACUUCUAACCCAAAAACCUUCCUAAUGGGAAGUGACAAACAUACCACUAACAAAAUUUGCAAUUUAACCAUUGUUACGACCGUUCGCGGAGAGACGCGGUCGCGAGGAAAACGCGUCAGCGAGAGGCGUAAAUUCUCGCUACGAUUCGGUGAAUCGACGCCGCGAAGUAGUCGUUUCCCUGUUUCGGUUAAGAUAACAGAGGUGGUUGAAUGAAUAUGACACAGUAUAGUAAGUUAUAUUUCACCGUUUAUUCCACAACUUAUAACGAAGGCAGUUACACUGGUGCGUAUGUACGAGAUGAAUGAGUGACUGAUCUGCGGGUGUGUCUACCCGCUCGAAGGAUGUUGACCGUUCGAAGGAUGUAAAAUCAGUACCGUCUUGGGAGACGAUGAUGUGUCGGAGGAAAGCUAAGGAUGGGUGUGUCUAGCGCACGGGACCAUCGGAUUUGUUGGUGCCGAUGUUAUUUAGGAGAGUGAGGGAAUAGGCUUCGUUUCUAAUUGGUUAAACGAAGGGUCUCAACCGCCCUCGAGAGAAAGUGGUUAGUGGGAG